GGUGGGUCCAAACCUGGGGAGCGCACGCGCACUUAAAUCGCAAAGUCCCGCUGGGUCGGCUUAGCUUACGUCAACGACUACGUAAAAGACGUAGGAGACGCGGGGAGGGAAGCGCCGGGCUGUGUCACGUGACGGGUGCGGCGGGCGUUGGCUCCUCCCUCAGCAAGAUGGCGUCCCUGCUGCAGUCGGAGAGGGUUCUCUAUCUCGUCCAAGGAGAAAAAAAGGUUCGGGCCCCACUCUCACAGCUCUACUUCUGCCGCUACUGCAGUGAGCUUCGAUCGCUGGAAUGUGUGUCGCACGAGGUGGACUCACAUUAUUGUCCCAGCUGCUUAGAAAACAUGCCAUCAGCUGAAGCCAAAUUAAAAAAGAAUAGAUGUGCCAACUGCUUUGACUGUCCGGGAUGUAUGCACACCCUUUCCACCCGAGCAACCAGCAUCUCCACACAGCUUCCAGAUGACCCAGCCAAAACCACCAUGAAGAAAGCCUAUUACUUGGCCUGUGGAUUUUGUCGAUGGACGUCUAGAGAUGUGGGCAUGGCAGACAAAUCUGUAGCUAGUGGUGGUUGGCAAGAACCAGAAAAUCCUCACACACAACGGAUGAACAAGUUGAUUGAAUAUUACCAGCAGCUUGCUCAGAAGGAAAAGGUUGAACGAGAUCGCAAGAAACUGGCACGUCGAAGAAAUUAUAUGCCUUUGGCUUUUUCGGACAAGUACAGUCUUGGGACCAGGCUUCAGCGACCACGAGCUGGUGCAUCCAUUAGUACACUUGCCGGACUUUCCCUUAGAGAAGGAGAAGACCAGAAAGAGGUAAAGAUUGAGCCAGCUCAAGCCGUCGCUGAAGUGGAACCUCUGCCUGAAGACUAUUACACCCGACCAGUGAACUUAACCGAGGUGACCACCCUUCAACAGCGCCUCUUACAGCCUGACCUGCAGCCAGUCUCUGCUUCACAGCUAUAUCCUCGACAUAAGCACCUUCUGAUCAAACGGUCCCUGCGUUGUCGGAAAUGUGAACACAACUUGAGCAAGCCAGAAUUUAAUCCAACAUCUAUCAAAUUCAAAAUCCAGUUGGUUGCUGUCAAUUAUAUUCCAGAAGUGAGAAUCAUGUCAAUUCCCAACCUUCGCUACAUGAAGGAGAGCCAGGUCCUCUUGACUCUUACAAAUCCAGUGGAGAACCUCACCCAUGUGACUUUAUUGGAGUGUGAAGAGGGGGACCCUGAUAAUAUCAACAGCACUGCUAAGGUGGUGGUGCCUCCCAAGGAGCUCAUCUUAGCUGGCAAGGAUGCAGCAGCAGAGUAUGAUGAGCUGGCAGAGCCCCAGGACUUCCAGGAUGACCCUGACAUUGUAGCUUUCAGAAAAGCCAACAAAGUAGGCAUCUUCAUCAAAGUCACCCCACAGCGUGAGGAAGGGGAAGUGACCGUGUGCUUCAAGAUGAAACAUGAUUUUAAAAACCUGGCUGCCCCCAUCCGCCCAAUGGAAGAGAGUGACCAGGGCACAGAGGUCAUCUGGCUCACUCAGCACGUGGAACUGAGCUUUGGCCCUCUUCUUCCUUAAAACAAAGUUACCUGGUGGGCAGAUCCCACCCACAGCUGUUAUCAACACAACUCUAACAGUGUGGAAGCUGCUGCUUCAUCAGUCAUGUUUAUAAAGAUGUACCCAUCACUACUGAAUCCUGUGGAGUAGAGGCAGGCUGGGGUUGGGAGCACAGGGUAACUGAUGUUGACACCAGUAAGCCUGUGUCUCUUUGAGCUCUGCACGUUGAGUAACAGCAUAGCUCCAUCCCAGUAAAGGAGUGGCUGCUCCUCAGAGAGGCGUUAGAUUUCUCCUAAGAAAUGUGCUGUGUACCUGUCACAGUUUGACAGAAAACCGUAGGAUGGUAAUCCAGAGCAGACCUUGUCUCAGUGCGCAGCAUUGGUCUCCGUGUUCCAGCGGCUUUCUGCAUUCCACUAAGGAGAAUCCUGUAAUAACCUUUCAUAGCCUUGGCUUUCUCUUUGCCGCUGAUCUCCAUUUGACAGAGCAGUAGGACUGUCAGUGUGUCUUUAACUUUGUGAUGACAGGGCAACCUGUCACUUUCCUAAGGCACUUUGUUUCUUCCAAAGGAACACAGUAUACCUGUCACUGGGAGAAAACCUUUAUGUAUCUCACUAUCUGCCCUUCUCUAUUCUGUUUUCUGUUUGUUUGUUUGUUUGUUUGUUUGUUUGUUCUUCAGAUAGGCUCAAUCCAUCUAGCUCUCGGUGGCCUGGAACUCAACCUGCUAGGAUUAAAGAUACUUGCCACCAUGUCCAGCUUGCUGCCCUGUUCUAUAAAUCAAGGAAUUGCUCUAACGUUGGGGUUUUUACAAAGAGCCAGGACAGUGUGUAUGUACACUCUGCUACAUCACUUCUGGGAUGCAGAAAACAUUUUAAACUAGACUUUCAGCAUGAUCCAAACUAGUGUUCUUUCCACUGAGUUGAAGGACAAAUUGAAUCCCUUAAAUUCAAAGCUGGACACAAAGAAAAAGAACCUUUCCCUUCCUGGAUAUAAGACUGUGUGUGCUGUCUGAAGUGAGACCAUUUUGAUUGUAAGCCAUAGAAGUUCAGCAAGUAGCCUAACUCUAAACUUGCUGCUUUUCUCAAAUACUAACAGUGAGUCGCAAACCUUAAUUUCUGUGAUGUUUUCUAAAAUCAGAGUUGACAGAGUAGACCAGCUGUACUUUUCCUUAAAGUACUCCCAGUGUGUGGCCAACAGACCUUGGAAGAAAAAGUUGCUGUUUACAAACCCUGCUUUGGUUUUCAUUUUAAGUCUCUGGGGGUAUUUGUAUUAAGGAAUAUAUAUCUGGACUACAGAUAGAAAAUAGUCUUUGUUAGUUCCACUUAAGAGAAACCACUUAGGAAGCUAUUGAAAGACACUUUGUUCUUUAAAGAUCUUAAGAUCAAGCCAAUUUUUUGAAACAAUAUUCCCACAGAGUAAUAUAUGUACUAGAGUGUAAGAAGAAAAUACUGAUCUCUGAUACUAUGAGAACAAUAACUGUUUGCCUCUUAGAAGCUGGAGCUGAAAGUUGGGUAAUUUCAAGUUUCAAACUAUAGAAAGAUGUUUUCUGUGACUCCACAAAGCCUCAAGUUUAUGCCUACCAUGAAACCACUAUUCAGCUUCUUCUAGGGGUGGGGGUGGUGGUGGCAUCAAAGUGCAGAUAGCCUCAGUUGUCCACAUAUUGUGGGGACUGGCACAGUUGUCUGUCUGUUUGCCUUUAUGCAGUGACACUGAUACAAUAAGGAAAACAUUGAAGUAAUGGGGGCUUUUCUCUCCUGGGGGACAAACACUUGUGGGUUUGUUUAGUUUUUGUUUUUUUCAAGAAGUCAAGUUAACUUAUAAAUACCAGGUGUUGGCUGUUUCAAGGUAAGUUUAGUGCAAGCUGGUCUUGUUUGUGUUCUUAGAAAAGGUUUGACACUUGGUGGUGGUGAAUUAGAAAUUUUGACUGUCACCCUUUUUGUAUUAGAUCGGGUGCAGGGUUCUUAUUACUAGUCAGUGUGCACCAAGACACAAGAGUCAGGCGUCCUUAGCACUUGAAACUAAAAUUUUGGACUCUUGAGGCUAAGUUACUUUGGGUUUGUGAGUUGAUUCACACUCAAAUUUUUCUUUUGUUCCAAAUACAUGUUAUAGGCAUACUGCACUAAAUACCCUUGCAUCUUUGUAAUGAGCAUCCUUCUUGGUCCCUUUGCAGGGUGAGAGGCACUCCUUGACUUAUGAAUAACAGGUUACUGUUUUGCCUUAUUGCUUAAUGUAGUGAAAUAAAGCAGACAAAACUCAA